GACUCUGGGGGAAAUUAAAGACCUCUCUCUGGAAAAAAAAAACAGAACACGUUUGGUUUAAAAUGGGGUCUGGAAUCCCAUUCUUGAGUGGAGGGAGGGGGGUAUGUGUCGCAGGGCUCCUGGCCCUCUAAGAGCCUGUCUCUCCGGGUGGGGCUGGGAAGGCGGGGCUUUGGGCUUUCUUAUCUACAGAGCCAGCCUGGCUUCCUGGCGCGGGGUCUCUCACUACGGGCUCUUUGCCAUGGGGUUUCUGCUUCCCCUCUCACUUCUGGUUUUGCUGGCGGUAGCUUGCCCGGGAGGCAGGAGCGCGCGGAGGUGCUGGGCUGCGCGGGCGCAAAGCCCCGGAGGCAGCUCUCCCACGCUCUCCGCGACCACAGCGCCGUUCUGGAUGCGCAUAAGCCCCAAUUUCAUAGCCGUGCGGCCGGGGAGCUCGGUGUGGCUCAACUGCAGCAGCAGCUGCCCCCUCUUGGAGGGCUCCACCCUCCAUACUGGGCUGCGGCGGGGCCAGAAGCUCAGCGGGCCCAGCUGGAUCUCCUUCCAGCUGCUGGAUGUAAGGGCCUGGAGCUCCGAAGUGCACUGCUUCCUCACCUGCGCAGGAGUAACGCGGGGGGCCACGGCCAGGAUCCACGCCUACAAACCGCCUCACAGGGUGAUCCUGGAGCCUCCGGUCUUGGAGGGCAGAGAGUACAUUCUGCGCUGCCACGUGACGCACGUGUUCCCCGUGGGCUUCCUGGUGGUAACUCUGCAGCGUGGCGGCCGGGUCAUCUACUCCGAGAGCCUGGAACGCUUCACGGGCCUGGAUCUGGCCAACGUGACGCUGACUUACAAGUUCCAGGCUUGGCCCCACGAUCUCUGGAAGCCCGUGACCUGCCACGCGCGCCUCAAUCUCGACGGGCUGGUGGUCGGCAGCAGCUCAGCACCUGUGACGCUGACAUCCAUGGCUUGGAGCUCUGCGUCCAAAGCCUUGGCUUCCACUUCCAUCGCAGCCUUUGUGGGGAUUCUUCUCGUCCUGGGGGCCGUCUAUCUGCGAAAGUACCUACUGAUGCAGUCCGAGGUGUAGAAGGGGAUGGCCAUGCCGGCUGAGUCGGAGCAAAAUCUGGGACAAUUUGGAGACCCCUCCUAAGUCAAUAAAGCCUUCCUCAGUUAGCCUGUCCCUCGGCAUGAAGGUCCCCCAUUAGGGCACCGCCUCGGAGAAGUGGUCUUUUUUGGCCUUGUCACAAUCACUUUCUCCAAGUUCCUUGUCUCCCCGAAGGUACCCUGGGGUCCCCAAUCCUUCUGCAUUUCCAGCGGGUGUAGUAAGCACACCUCCCGCGGGCAUUAUCAGCGCGGUGCAGAUGGGCAAAGCCUAGGCGCCGGAGGGCCUUGGGCUGUGGGCGGGCUUCUGCUGACUGGCUCCGCCACUACCGCGCAACAGCUCUGAUUGGAUGUUUUGUUUCCUCUCCGCCCUCCUCCCCGUUUUCACUUUGAUCCCGUACUUUUCUGGAGGACAAGAGUGGGUCUACCACUGACUUCCAUAGUUCACUUGUUAGCUCUGGGGACAAGAGCACAAACGGGCGGGCUCGAACGUACAUAUCGAGGGACGUGGAUAUGCAGACAGGGUACCCAUGUGUUGACCGCUGGGAAGGAGCAAUCAGAUGGUCCACGUGGCGUGGCACAGACUCGCGUUCUGGCAACCUCCUGACAGUCUCAGGGCCCGGAGGC